AUGAUUGCUGGGUUUUUCAGUGCGAUGUUUUCGGGUCAUAUAUACUUAAUCGCCAUCGUCACCGCCGUCCAGAUCAUCUCCUUCAAGGAGGUCAUUGCUAUUGCAAAUGUCCCUAGCAAAGACAGGAACCUCCGCUUUACAAAAUCCCUUAAUUGGUACUUUUUGGCGACCACCAUGUACUUUCUCUACGGAGAGAGCGUGAUAUACUACUUCAAGCACAUCCUCCUGGUGGAUAGGAUGCUUCUACCAUUCGCAACCCACCAUCGAUUCCUUAGUUUCACACUUUACGUUAUGGGCUUCGUCUUCUUCGUGGCGACGCUGCAAAAGGGCCACUAUCGAUUCCAAUUCACCCAAUUUGCGUGGACCCAUAUGGCGCUUUACCUCAUUGUCGUGCAGGCUCAUUUUAUCAUGAAUAAUAUUUUCGAGGGCAUCGUCUGGUUCUUUUUGCCGGCGAGUCUUGUUAUUACCAACGAUAUUUUUGCAUACGUUUGCGGUAUCACAUUCGGUCGCACACAGCUUAUCAAGCUAUCGCCAAAGAAGACGGUCGAGGGCUUCAUUGGAGCAUGGAUUUGCACCAUUAUCUUUGGCUAUUUCAUGACCAACAUCCUGAUCCGCUACAAAUACUUUACAUGCCCUGUGACAGAUCUCGGCUCUAAUGUCCUGACCGGUCUAGAGUGCAAUCUUAACCCAGUCUUCAUCCCGAAGAAUUAUCAUCUACCCGAUUGGCCAUUCCUUCCAGAGACCAUAUACGCCUCGCCGAUACAGUUCCACAUUCUCCUUUUCGCGACCUUUGCAUCUCUGAUUGCGCCCUUUGGCGGGUUUUUCGCAUCCGGUCUGAAGCGCACUUUCAAAGUCAAAGACUUUGGGGAGUCCAUUCCAGGACAUGGCGGCAUCACCGACCGCAUGGACUGUCAGUUUAUUAUGGGGUUUUUCUCAUAUAUGUACUACCACAGCUUCAUCGCUAUCAACAAGGCCAGCGUUGGAGAUGUCAUUGAGACUGCAAUCAAUGGGUUGACAGUGGAAGAGCAGCUUGAAGUUGUUCGUGGACUUGGUAAAUAUUUGUUCAACCAAGGCGUCGUCUCAGACACGGUUCUUCAAUGUCUGAACGGCGAACUUCUUCGGCGGUAG